AUGGAAUCAAGAACUGCAAACAUUUUGAUAGCUUUAAGUCCUCUCGUCUUUAUAUACGAAUAUGGGCUAAAAAUUCAUCUCUGCUCUGCGCAAUGAAUUAUCUAUGGGACUUUAGCUGGACUUUAUGUAUUCUGAGCACUUGGACUAUUCAUUAGAAAUAGAUCUUUUAACAGGAGUAUUUUGCUUUACCAGCCUGAAUUAAAUGAUGGCUUUUUAUCUUUAUGUUCAAUACGCAGUCUUAAAUAUUAUAUUCUUGCUGGGCUUACAAUAGGAGCGUUCUCUGGCUACAAUAUUUCAAUAGCUUAUUUUUCAUAUCAAUCAUUAAAUUUGGAGUUUUCUAUUUCUUUUGUUAUUGAUUCAUUAGGAUCUAUACUGGGAGCUAUCGCAUUACUUUGUGCUGAAAACUCAACUUUUUUGCAGAGCUACAUGCAUAUUAUAUACCCUGAAACUAAGCAAUGGGAUUUGCUUCCUUUUUUGAAAUCUCUUUACUUAUGCAUAACAAUUGGGGAAUAUUUUGGGUUAGUUUGCAGUAUGUAUGCUGCUGCAUUAGAAAUUGGAAUAUAUGUGUGCUACUACCUCUUUUUGGAGUAUGGCUGGACAUUUGUGAUAAUUGCAUUUUUGGCUUGCUGUACAGGGAAUAUUUGGCUUAUUUUGCAGAGAGUUUUUAUGAAAAGAAAGUACAGAUUCCAUAAACUAAAAGAAACUGAGAUGGAUGAUGUUAUAACCGUUUAA